AUGCCGCCGGCCCCGCCGCCUGCUCAGCCGCAACUCCACCACCCUCUCUGCCGGCCCCGCCGCUCCACCAGCCGCGGCCCCGCCGUCCCCGCCGCUGCACCUGCCGGCCCUGCUACUUCGGCCCCGCUGCCCCUGAUCUCGCGGCUCCGCCACCCUACCUGCAGCAGCCAAGCCGCCCACCUGCAGCAGCCGAGCAGCAGUGCAGCCGAGCCGCCCCGCACCCGAGCCGCCCUGCCGCCGAGCCGCCCGGGAGCCGAGCCGCCCUACACCCGAGCCGCCCUGCCGCCGAGCCGCCCGGGAGCCGAGCCGCCUUGCACCAGAGCCGCCCUGCCGCCGAGCCGCCCGGGAGCCGAGCCGCCCAGCAGCCGAGUCGCUGAGUCGCCGAGCCGCCCUUCUGCAGAGUUGCCCGGCCUGCCCUGCCUGGGUCGCGCCAUUGACUUUGAGGUCUGGGUAGACGACCUGCAGUUGUUUUUACAGUGCGAUAGGGCAGACAGCCUCUCUCUCUUUGACCUUACCUCUGGCGCCUCUCCUGCUCCAGCUGCUGAUGCUGAUCCCACUGUGCGCUCUCAGUGGGCCACCCACGAUGCUUCUGCACGUCUUGCUGUGCGUCGCCACCUCCCUACCUCUGAGAACGCGCACUUUAGUCAGUACAAGAGUGCUCAGACCUUGUACGACGCUGUAGUUGCGCGCUACUCCUCCCCUGCCACUGCUGCACUGAGCCGUCUCAUGCUUCCCUACCUCUUUCCUGACCUCUCUGCCUUUCCCACUGACGCUAACCUCAUUACGCACCUCCGCACUAGUGACACUCGCUACCGCGCCGCCCUUCCUGCUGAGUUCUGCGCUAAGAACCCCCCCCCCAUGUACAUCGCUCUCUACUACGUAGUCGCGCGCCUCCCUGACUCCCUUCGCGUCGUCAGGGACCACUUUCUCGCAGUCUGUCCCACCACCCUCACCGUCAACCUCCUCGAGAAGGCCCUCCUCGCAGCGGAGAAGAGCAUAGUCGCUGUAGGUGCUUCUCGUGGAGACCCUCGCACCCCCAUCUUUGAGGGGUGCUCUCCUUCCCCCUUGCUGCCCUCUGUUGCCUCUGCUGCUGCUGCCGACCUGCUUGGUCUUGAGUCGGUCGGCGCGGCGUCUGCCCCUAGUGGGAGACGUUGCUCUGGCAAGGGCAAGGGGGGCAAGGGCGCGGGUGGAGCUGGAGGGGGCGGUGGCGGUGGCGGCGGAGGCGGCGGAGGGAGUGGGGGUGGCGGCGGGAGUAGUGGCGGGGGUGGUGGUGGUGGUGGCAGCAGCGGCGGAGGCGGCGGUGGUGGUGGCAGCGGUGGUGGUGGUGGCAGCGGCGGAGGUGGAGGCGGCGGAGGAGGCAGCGGAGGAGGCGGUGGUGGUGGAGGGGGUGGAGCUGGUCGGGGUGGUACCCAGCAGCGGAGCGGCGGUGGUGGUGGCCAGCGCUCGCAGCAACAGCAGCAGCAGCGUUCGCGUGACAUCCCUCCGCCUCAGCAGCUUCGUGAGUGGUACACUCAGCGUCAGAGGGGUGGGGGUACUGGUCCUUGCACCUACGUCCUUCGUUCCUGCGACCGCGCGGCGAUCUUUGAUCUUGAUUUUGAUGCUAACCUUGCUGCUAUGUAUGCUGUGACUAUUAGUGAGGAGACUGAGGGUUACCGGUGUUUCCAGCCCGACCCAGGCAUUGGUACUGCUGCGCUAGGUGCUUGUGAGGCUGCUGCUCUAGGUGCCAGUGCGUCUGCGCUCUCAGGUACUGGUGAGAUUGCGCUCUCAGGUACUACGUCGCCCUCGUCCUCCCUUACUUUCACACUUGACUCUGGGGCUUCUCGCUCCUUCUUUCGAGACCGCACCACCCUUACGCUGCUUGGCCGGCCGGUUGCCGUCUCCCUGGCUGACCCCUCUGGGGGUCCUGUCCUCUCUCACUUCUCCACUCUCCUCCCGUGUCCGGCUGCCCCUUCGGGCACCCUGUCUGGUUUGUACCUUCCCUCGUUCUCUACGAACUUGGUGAGUGGCGCGGACCUGCAGGAUGUGGGGGUUCACCGGUUCACUUCUGCGAGUCAGCGGGUGACCCACUGCACGGAGGCACGCACAGGCCGACACCUGGCCACGUUCUCGCGUCGGCCGGGGUCGAGUCUCUACACCCUGACCGUUGAGUCUCCUCCUGUCCCUGCGUCUGGUCAGGUGGCUGUGUCAGGUCAGGUGCUUGCUGCUGCGUCCCGGUCAGGACCUUCCUGUGUCCCCUGUGUUGAGGGUCGCCUCCGGGCUGCUCCUCACUCCUCCCAGUUCCCCCCGACAGAGGCUCCUCUGCAGACGCUUCACAUGAACGUGUGGGGCCCAGCCCCCGUCCGUAGGCAGGGUCACGAGCGCUACUUUCUGUUGGUGGUUGACGACUACUCGCGUUACACCACAGUCCUCCCCUUGCGCAGCAAGGGUGAUGUCACUGAGGUGCUGAUCGACUGGAUCCGCGAGGCUCGUCUCCAGCUCAGAAAGAGCUUCGGCUCGGACUUUCCUGUUUUGCGUCUGCACUCGGACAGAGGCGGAGAGUUCUCCUCGCGCCUUCUGCGAGACUACUGUCGUGCACGGGAGAUCCGCCAGACCUUCACGCUUCCGGACUCUCCACAGCAAAAUGGGAUUGCUGAGCGCCGCAUUGGCAUGGUCAUGGAUGUCGCUUGUACGUCCAUGAUGCAUGCGGCUGCUCCCCAUUUUCUGUGGCCGUUUGCGGUGAGGUACGCGGCGCAUCAGCUCAACCUUCACCCCAGGGUCUCUCGGCCCGCGAUGUCCCCAGUCUUGCUGUGGACGGGGAAGGUUGGCGAUGCGUCGGCGUUCCGUGUCUGGGGAUCUCGGGCGUUUGUCCGCGACUUGUCUGCGGACAAGCUGUCCCCUCGUGCUGCUCCCUGUGUCUUCCUUGGCUUCCCCACUGAUGCUCCAGAGUGGCAGUUUUACCACCCCUCCUCUCGUCGUGUUCUGUCCUCCCAGGACGUCACGUUCGACGAGUCAGUCCUCUUCUACCGCCUCUUGCCCUACCGCACUCCUUCCCUCCCCCCUCCGCCGGACUUCCUUGUGCCGGUUCCCCCCCCGGUAGACCCCCUCCCCCCUCAGGUUCCUGCCCCCUCAGGUGUGUCCCAGGUAGACGCAGUUGACCCGGUCGAGGUUACUGGUGACUCUGGUGCUGCUGCGGGUGCUUGGCCUGGGGGUGCUGACUCUGGGGGUGCUGUGCGCGGGGGUGCCGGGCGUGGAGGUGCUGCUACUGGGGGUGCUGAGCCUGGGGGUGCUGGGCCUAGGGGUACUACUGCGGAGGGUGCUGAGCCGGGGGGUGCUGUGCCUGGAGCUGCUGAGCCUGGGGGUGCUGAGUUGGGAGCUGCUGAGCCUGGGGGUGCUGAGCCUGGGGUUUCUCCUGCUGCUGCGUCUCGACGGGAGCCCCUCUCUCCACAGGAGCUGCGCGAGUGGUUUGCUCGCCGCUGGAGGCGUGCUGCUGGAGCUGGAGCUUCUUCGACCGUCGAGGGUGCUAGUGCUGUCGGUCCCGGAGCUGCUGGGCCUGCGGGUCCUCCUGGAGCUGGAGCUGCUGAGGAUGUUGGUGCUGAGACCACUGAUGUCUGUCCUCGCGGUGGUUCUGCAGCUGGUACUGCUGGAGGUCCCGCCGCUAGAGGUGUUGGUGGCGCUGGUACUGUCGCUGAGGGUGCUGGUGUUGUCCCUGCUGAGUCUGGAGCUGCCGCGCGGCCUCGGCCGUACUUCGUUCCGCUCCUGCAGCAGGUUCUUGGUCGUUCUCCUCCGGUAGAGUGUCCACAGCCUGUCCAGUCGCAGUCACUGUUGGAGCCUUCCUCUCCUCUGCCUGUUCCCUCUCCUUACACUGGUCCUACUGGAGGUCUUACUGAGCGUCGUGAGCCUGCGUCUCGUCCCGCGUCGCCUGUUCGUGCUGCUAGCGCUAGUGGUCGCGGUUCGCGUCAGCGUCCUCCUCCUGUCCCUGGCACGCACCGGAUGUCUCUGCGUCUGUCCACUGCUCCUCUGCGUGCCCCUUUGCCUUCUCCUCCUGAGUCCUCUCUUCCUGCGCUUGCCGACCCUGAGUCGGACUCUCUUCGUGCUGCCAGUCCUACUGUCACGCGUCUGCUUGCUACUGUCGUCACUGACCCCUCGUUUGAGUCCACUGCUGCGUCUGCUCUUGUCGCUGAGCUCGUCGACUUUGCUGCUCGCUGUCGUCUAGACUACGCUGCUAGUCUUGUUGCUGAGUCUGCGUCUGUCUGUCCUCCGUCCGUCGGGGGUGAGUGUGCUCUUGGCACGGACGUCCUAGAGGACAGGCAGGAGGAGUUACAGUGUCUGGCUGCUGCUUCACCUCAUCUCGCGUCUGUACUGCUUGCCCCUGAGGGAGACCCGGAUGCACUAGACAUCCCGACUCCGCGCUCUUACGCGGAGGCCGUAGAGGGUCCCUACUCCUCUCAGUGGCAGGCAGCUAUGGAUGCAGAGAUGGCUUCCUGGAAGUCCACAGGCACCUACGUUGACGCAGUUCCCCCUCCAGGGGCGAACAUCGUCAGUGGCAUGUGGAUCUUCCGGGUGAAGCGGCCGCCGGGCUCUCCACCUGUCUUCAAAGCGCGGUACGUUGCUCGUGGCUUCAGCCAGCGGCAGGGAGUUGACUACUUUCAGACCUUCUCUUCCACCCCAAAGAUGACCACUCUUCGGGUGCUGCUGCACAUAGCCGCUCAGCGCGACUACGAGCUUCACUCUCUCGACUUCAGCACUGCGUUCCUGCAGGGUAGCCUGCACGAGGAGAUCUGGCUGCGCCGUCCACCUGGCUUCACUGGGACUUUCCCUCCUGGCACCCAGUGGAGCCUCCGACGGCCAGUCUACGGUCUCCGCCAGGCACCGCGUGAGUGGCACGACACACUGAGGACUACGCUUGCGGCUCUUGGGUUUGCUCCGUCUACUGCUGACCCGUCGCUGUUUCUGCGCACCGACACUUCACUGCCGCCGUUCUACAUCCUCGUGUACGUCGACGACUUGGUCUUUGCCACAGCGGACACUGCUGGACUCGCCUACGUGAAGUCCGAGCUACUGAAGAGACACACGUGCACAGACCUGGGUGAACUGCGCAGCUACCUUGGCUUGCAGAUCACUCGGGACAGAGCACGCCGCACCAUCACCUUGACUCAAUCACACAUGGUGCAGCAGGUCCUUCAGCGCUUCGGCUUCACGUACUCCUCGCCUCAGGCCACUCCUCUGUCUACUCGCCACUCACUCUCAGCUCUGCCUUCGGAUGAGUCCGUAGAGUCGAAGCACAUGGCUGCAGCGAAGAGGGUAUUGCGCUACCUGUGCAGUACAUCGGGCAUGGGGCUAGUGCUUGGAGGGCGGAGUCCAGUGGUCCUUACAGGCCACGCGGACGCUUCUUGGGCUGACGACCAGGCUACGCAGCGGUCGUCACAGGGUUACACCUUCAGUCUUGGUUCUGGCUCUGUCUCGUGGCGGUCUACUCGUUCGUCUUCGGUUCUCAGCUCCAGUUGUGAUGCUGAGAUCUACGCCGGGGCCAUGGCUGCACAGGAGCUUCGCUGGCUCACCUACCUGCUGACUGACCUUGGAGAGCCGCCUCGUUCUCCUCCAGUGCUGUAUGUAGACAACAAGGCCAUGCUGGCCUUGUGCCGAGAGCAGCGCUUGGAGCACAGAACGAAGCACAUUGCUCUCCGCUACUUCCUUGCUCGUGAGCUGCAGCAGCGUGGUCAGUUGCGACUUGCGUACGUGGCCUCUGAGGCCAACACUGCUGAUGUGUUCACCAAGGCACUCGCGCCUUGUGACCAUCAGCGCUUCUGCACCCAGCUGGGUCUUGUGCCUGUCUUGCCUCACUUGCUCUCUUCUUGA